AUGUCCUCCGACAGUCUGGCCCUCUUCCGCAAGAGCAUGGGCAACGAGCUCGGCGCCCUCGCAGAACAACACUACCAACACGAGUGCGUGUGCUCUCAACUUUCACCGUCGUUAAGUUCAUCCACUGACUGCAUUCACAGCCUCCAAUCCUCGGACCGCGCAGCCCUCCAAUCCGCAGCCUCCCGCGUCAGCACACACACGACCAUCGGCUCCAUCGUCGGCUUCUCCCUCGGCCUCUACCUCUCCUUCCGCCUACGCGCCAACCGCACCGCCAUGUUCAACGCCUUCCGCACCUCCGAGAAACCCGUCGCUGUGCAAUUUGCCGGUGGCCGCACAGAGCCCUUGCCAGACCUUACACCCAUGCUCAAGCCAUCUACUUUUGGCGACAUUGCUACCUACACACUCUUUGGACUAGGAGGACUGUUUGUGGGUGGAGAGACUGGGUUGUUGACGGGUGGCUUGUCAGCACAAAGUGCGAUUAAGAAGGAUCCGGAGGCCAAGGCGAGGAUUGAGACUGCGUUUAGAAAGUUUAGGGCUGAGACGCUGAGGUUGGAGGCGGAUCAGUUGGAGAAGGGUGAAAAGACUUUGGGUAUUUAG